AGUAGUCGUCGUUCCCGAAAUAUUAGUUCAAAUUCUGCUAGAGCGUAAUCAUCAACAUCAGCAGCAUGGGGUGUUGCGCUAGUGCGGACUUCCGCGCAGCAGAUCAUGGCGCGAACAAAGCGGAGGAUGCAGUUGUUGGCGGAGCUCAUAAGGAAAACGAGAACAACGCUGAUGUGAACGUCCUCGGAGCACCACUACUCCUCACCGAUGUCGACGUCCAAGUGAACAAUAAAGCAGGUGGAGGCGCCAAGGCCAAUGGCACAACGAGUAAUUUUGAGGACCCCGAAGCGCUUUUCUUUCAGUCUCUCGACGAACACACCAACCAGGUUCUGCUGGACUCGCCCAAAAAUGAACACCACAACGAAGAUGUUGAGCAAGAGCAAACCGAAAUGAAGAAUGAAGAAAGCAGCAACAGCGUCCUGCUCGGGUCGCCAGUCGAAGGUAGCACGGCAAAAGGCUCUGCCGAAGCCGAUGACAGCGCAAAUACGAUCAUGAGAGACGACUCGGCACCGGUCCGCACCGAUAGCAUGACGAUCGUCCCGAACAAGACCAAGAACAGCCCGUCCGGUGCCGGUGAAGCCACAGCAUCUACUUUCGCGACGCCCUCGAAUCUGUUGGACCGGAAGAAAGUCGACGUGGAUGCUGCUCUGCAGGUCUACCGGAAGUAUGGAAGCGUCAGGUGGGAAAUCGGCGACAUGGACCUAACGUGCAACGCAUUUGUUUUUUUAAUUGCCAGCCUUAGUUAGCGUGUUUUCUUGGCUCCUCGUCAAAUUUAGUGUUGCAUGCGAUGGACAUGAAAUUGGCCUCAUUCUGAGCUUGCUACGAUUCUUCACUUGACGAGUUGCUGAGAAGCGUGGCACGAAGUUCUUUUAUGACGGCUUCGGAAAAAUUUGAAUUUUCCUCGCGCCGCUUAGCAAGCAGAAAUGGUGGCCGCCAGCAGCAGCACAACUCGUGUCGAUUUUAUAAGGCACAACAGAGGCCAUUACAACUUAUCAAGUCGCUUCGACGAUUUUCCACUUAGUACCACUUUCAUAGAAAGGAGCUGGCGAGUAGUCCGGAUCGCACUAGUAGCGUCCACGAUGCAGAGGACUUUGCAGAAAACGUGAAGCCAAAGACCCUCGGUCUGACCGACACGCGGCCCAAGGGGGGUGUCCGGAAGGCCUUAGCCACCGAAAAACCGUCGAACUGGGUAUCCAGGAAAAAACACCCAUCCCCAUCCAUUUUUUGUAUGACAAAUAGUGGAUUUCAUGCAUGUCUUGCAUGACAAAUUGGCUGGGGAUGGGUGUUUUUUCCUGGAUACUGGGUCCCCUUCGUCUCCAGCAUCCACCUCCGGCCGAUUAUGACAUCGGAGAAAAGAUAAAAUAAGUAUAAGGCUGUUGCAGCUGCGUCGCCGGUUCGCAAUAGUCUUUGCGUUUUUCGAUUAUACUCCUACCUCUUUCUCUUUGCAUGCGGACGGUGGCUCUGAAGCCUGUUCCCUGGGAGUAGACCAAGACCGCAUCGUCCAUCAAGAAUUAGCAUAACAAAUUGACGAGGAGGUUAUAAUCAAAGCCAAAAAAAAGGCAUGCAGCACAUGCAGGAGGGCGGGUCCACAACGACAAGACGUAGAAAAUAAACGAAAACUGAAAAAUCAAAACGGCGAUCGUGUUGAGCAUGAAAUAUGGCCUUCAAUUUUUCUUCCAUAUUUCUGAAUUCCAGGAAAAAGACUACGGAAGAGCCUGUGGCUGAGGGCGACGAGGACUGAUAGCCACUUUCGAGAUAAACGAAGAAGACAAAUUGCAGGGUGAUGAUAGAAGCAGAAGAUUUUAUAAUCAAUACGAGUCGUAUUAGACCAACAUCAAACUCGUAACGAUCGCAUUGCUCGUAUUGGUCGCCUCGUAUUGACGUGGCGCCAGAACCCCCAAGAUAGGCCGUCUAGUAGCUGGACCCGAUUGGUAUACCGCGACUGCGCCGCGAACGCCGAAGGUUUGGCACUAUGUAUCACUAUGACGCUUGCGAUAGAAGAUAUGGAAAAAAAAACGGGGCCGCGCCUUCGGCGCGGCGGGGUGCUCUUUAAAGUAUAGGCGAAUUUUUAGGUUGGUGCUUAGGCUCUACUAGUCAUCUAGGUUGAAGGGCGGGCGCGAAUUAGGUUUGGCCCAUCUGUCUCUGUCAACCCUGCGAGCCCUCCAUGUCCACCACUGCGAGCCCUCCAUGGGGGCUCAAUUCUAGAUGAGACAGGUCGCGCAAGUAGACUAGCAGUAGGCUUAGGGGCCUGGGCCUCAGGUUCAAACCUCCCUGCGUGGGCAGUAGGCCGACACUAGAAGCACGUCGCGCAUUCUGAAGCCGUUGCGCGGUGUUCAAUAAUGAUGAUUGAAUGAUUGGCGAUAGUAUAUAAUAAAUGGGAGGCGGAAGCAGCUGGGUGCGCUCGUACGGAGCUCGUAUUGCUCGCAUCGCUCGUAUUGGUCGCCUCGUAUUGACGUCAAAACCUUAUAAAAUCCUCUGUAGAAGCGAAAAUGAAGUAUAUGCGGCGUAGCUCUCCGUAAUUCAUCAGUCGCACCCACUUAACAUCGUAGCAGUAUUCGCAUCAUAUAGACUUAGGCAGCAGCUAACAGAUACAGAAGAUGUGAUGGCGAUUAUUUUGGUUCGAAAUGUAGUGUAACUACCCGCCAGCAAUACCUUACCAUAGCUACAUUGUUCAAAAAAUCAAUCUCGUUCAAGUUUUCAGCAUUUACUCUGGCAUCUGAUCGUCCCGAUCACUACGAUAGACCAACAACUUCCAUUAAAAUUGUGUGUACGAUAACGGUGAGAAUGGUGCAUAGACGAGAACUAUAGAAUGGCAAACGCGAUGACUUUGGCUGCGUGACAUACAUCUUCCUGAUCUGACGUGUGCAAGUAUGAGUAGCAUAUAAGAGUAAAGCGAAGCAUCAACUAUGAUGAUUUAUUGGUUCGUGCUGGUCGUGCCGUCUAAAAGAUCGAAAGUAUCCUACUAACAUGUAAUAAAAAUUUCUUGAAGACGAAGAAUUGAGAUUGACUUACAUACGUCCUCCAUGC